AUGCGAGCUUUUGCGACAUGGGAGGCCAGCACCAAUUUCACGUUCUCGCAGUCUGCGAGGGUCCAAACGGCUGACAUGCAAUUAAGCUUCGAGAGAGGGGAGCAUGGAGAUGGGCAUCCCUUGGAUGGAUACGGGGGAAUAUUGGCGCAUUGUUUUGGGCCAAUUGAUGGGAGAAUCCACUUCGACGCGGAUCAGGAGUGGGAUUGGGGUGUUCGUAUACUACAAAAUGACUUGGAGUCUGUGGCAUUGCAUGAGAUUGGACAUGCCCUUGGGCUUGGCCACACCGACGUUCAAGGUGCCGUCAUGUGGCCUAUUAUCAACUUUGGAUUCACAAAGACCCACCUGCAUCACCAUCAUAUUAAUGGUAUUCGUGCUACAUACGGAGAUUAA